AUGCUGAAGCCAUGUGAUCUCUUGGCUGAAGUGUGGGACAAGCUGCUCAAGAUGUUGGCUGAUUCUGACCUGUUUGUGUCCAUCAACAAGAUCAACAAUGCUGAUAUCCCCACCCUCUCCCAUGACAUGUGGGAAAUGGAGGGAGCCACCCCAACCAUUGACUGCAAGGCCCUCAAGUUGGCCAAUGUCACACUUGUGGGUCCCUACAGUGAGAUCAGCACUGAGAUUGAUGAGCUUGAGCAGUGGUUGGUGGUGCUGCGUGGUCUCCACAAUGACUUCAAGCAGCUCAUGGACAGGACUGCUGAGAUCAUGCAAGCUGAACGCCUGAAGUGCAUGAAUGAGGAUCUCCAGAAUCUCAUUGAGGCCGCCCAGAAAUGCUGUGAUGACAACAGAAGGGCAAUGCUUGAGUCCUUUGGGAUGGCCAUGCCCACAGUGAUGGUGGCACCUCCUCCUCUGGUGCCUGCAAUGCUGCAGUGUGGGAUCAGAUGA